UCAGUUGGCAGCGCCGCAAUCAAACACGCCUAUCGUCUCACUCACACACAGAGAAAGACAAACAGAGCCAUUUACAGCUCCUUCGCGUAGAAAGAAAUAGGAAAUUCAUUCAUCAAAUUUGUAUUAAUUCCAUACCCCGCCUGGAAAGGAUAUCCAGUAAUACUUGGUUAGCUUGCCCCAGAAUAACCCUCUGGUGUGGCAUUAUUUUGAUACGGUGUGCUGUGCGUGCAAAACAGAAAAAACAAAAUGUGUGAACUUUAUGCAGAAAUUGUGUGACGCGGCCAUAUUUGAGGAAUUGUUAUAUUGAAUGUCGCGCGAGCUACGAAAAUUACAUAAAUAAAACGCAGAAUCCCACUGAAGACUCAAUCGCUUUAUCAAUGAUGGAUCGCAAGAAAGCCCUGGAGUUGGACAAAAUAUGUCGCCUUUGCAUUUCUGAGCGGAAGGAAAUGCGUCCUCUGUUUACCGAGAAGGUGCCUGAGAUGUUGAUGGACUGCACCAGCGUGCGAAUAGUGCCCACGGAGGGCUGGCCCGACAAGAUCUGUGUGCAGUGCGUCCACUCUGUGAGCCGGAACCACGCCUUCAAGACGCUCGUCGAGCGCAGCGACAAGGAGCUGCGUGAGUACAUCACAGGGCUCACAGUGCGCAUGGCGAUGGAGGAGCAGUCGGCGGCCAAUGCAAAGCACCAGCAGCAGCAGGAACGCAAACAGCAGAAGCUUCUGCAGAAGCAGCUCAAGCAACAGCAGCUGGAGGAUCAGUUCCAGCAGCAAAUGGCCCAGCAGCAGCAACAGCAACAGCACAUCCAAAGCAAGCCCAAGCUGAAGCCAUUGUUGAAGAAAGGCUCGCGACAGAUCAAGCUGCGGCACCUUGAGUCAGCCGCAGCGUCGCCCCCAGCCCAGAUGCAGCUCAUGCCAGAGCCAGUACCAGCCCCGCCGCAGCAGCAAGCCACGCUGCAGCAGCAACUUCAGCAAAUUCAACUGCCAACACUCCAGCAAGCCCCCACCCACAACCUAAUUUCGACCACAACCGCCGGGACGAUGCCCCAGCAGAUCCUGCUGCCUAACGGUCAAUUCAUCACAACUGCCCAGAUCGUGGCCCCACAGCUGGCGCAGAUCAUCAGCACUGCGCCGCACGGAGCGGCCAACGGAAAUGGGGGCGCCCAGCAAGCACAGUUCCUGCCACAUAUCCUUCAGGCGCCCAACGGACAGACCCUGCAGAUAGUCCAGCAGCCAAACGGUACGCAGACGCUGCAGCUCGUCCAGUUGGUGCCGCAGAGGAGUAUGGCGCCCACGGGCGUGACAACAGUGACCACAACAUCCCCGGUGAACAUGGACAACGGGGCCGGCUCCCUGGCAGAUGCCGAUGUGCAUCUCCUGGAAGACGGCUGCGAUGUGGAAGACGAGGAAUUCGAGGAGGUCUAUGAAAGUCUCGAUGGCAAGGGUCAAUCGUUCGAGACGAUCGUCCUGGAUGAAGAGCAGCAUCAGGAAUUCCUGAAGGACCACCAGCAUCAGGUAUUAAUGGAGGACGACCUGACCCAAAGUGAGGGCCAGGAGCCCGAAUACUUCGAUGAUUUGGAUCAGCAGCAGCUCGAAGACAGCGACUUGAAGACCGAGGAGGAUGAGGACAGAUUUAUCAUAGAGGAAAUCCAGCUGGAGGAGGAGGACUUGAUGGAUGAGGCCGACGAGACCAUAACCCCCGACUGUGAGUACAUCACAGACGAAACGGACCAGCAUAAUCUGAGCGGGGAUAUGGACGAUGAGCUGCACUACGCCAUCAUGGAGCCACCAGACGGCGAAACCAGUGGGGACCUCGAGCAGGCUUUCAUGGAACCAACAGAUGGCGAGGCCAGUGCGGACAUGGAGCAAGCCUUCAUGGAUGCGGAUGACGUAGAGCUGCACCAGCACCAUCAGGACGACAUGGAGGGGAUGGAGCUGCAAAGCAUAUCCCUGGAGAAUGCCGUGGUCGAGUUCAGUCAGGCGACGACAGACGACAAUAUGGGAACCCCCACACUGAGCGUCAGUUCCCCCAGUCCCACGCCCAAACGGGCCAAACGAGGCAACCAGUCCACAUCGGCAUCCGCCGUCACGCUGGAGCUGUGCAAUCAUCAGAGCAGUCCACCUGCCAUCAGCAGCAAGCUGGCGGCUGCCAAUUCCCGACAGCUGGUCCAAACAGCCAGCGUUAUAGCCGCUGCCGGGGCGGACGACAACUACGAGAUCGACGCCAAUCUGGUGACGGAGUUCAUCAAGCAGCACACCUCCCCUCUAGGCUCGGGGCGGUACGUUUGCCACCUGUGCAGCACAGAGUUUCGGCAGUUCAAGGGACUGCAGAACCACAUGCACUCGCACACCAACUGGAUUCGGGCCAACUGCAAGAAGCAGCCGCAGUGCCAGAUCUGCCUGAAGAGCUUCAAGGGUCCCGGCAUGCUGCGCAUGCACAUGAAGACCCACGACGCCGAGACCAACACCCCCGUCUGCACCAUCUGCAAUCGCACGUUCAAGUCGAAGGCCAUCCUCUAUCGGCACCGGCAGACGCAUCAGCAGAGGGCCUACUGCUGCGGCGUCUCAAACUGCCGCAAGAACUUCUCGUCGGCCGCCAACCUGCGCUGGCACGUGGAGCGCAAGCAUCCCGACGUGAUCGAUCCCUUCUACAAGUGUGGGGAGUGCUCCACCCUCUACGACAGCAUCGACGGGCUCCAGCAGCACGUGGAGAACACGGACCACAGCGAAGCGCAGAUAAGCGACGCCACCAGCAAUAGCAAUGCCGCCUUCAGUGGCGCUGUCAGCAUCGUUAGCAAUGGCACCGACAUGUCCAACAUGAUUGCCGCUGCCCCCGGGGGCCUUGGCACCAGCGCACCCGGGGACACACAUGCUGUUGUGGUCGGCUCCUCCGGCGAGGUUUAUUUUGUGACGCAGGCGUAGCCCGCGGAGUAUGCCGCAGUAGGCAUGUCCGAAUGUCUGCUCGGCCUCUAGACCAUAUAGAUUAUGCAUAUGCCUAUAUAGAUAUAUAUACAUAUAUAUAUAUUUUUGUACUAUCCACAUUAGUUGUCGUACUAGUAUAUAGCACUCCACACCAAACUCCCCCAUCCCCCAAAACAUAUUGCAAUCCUAGAUUUCUUUCGUAGAACUUGUUUACAUCGUAGCCGUUAAGCACAACUCGAAUUUUGUAAGUGAAAACGAAAGUGUAGGUAGCAGAACGAUCCCACAGCCCAGACAUAUCCAACCCAUCCAUCCCUAUGCCCACAUCCUCUAAGGAGAUAAUUGAAUGUAUGACCCGUUCCAUUCUAUUACAUUAUGUUGUAUGGAAACUAUUUGAAUGUAAAGCUCACUUAUGUUAGGCAAAUUUUCUUCUCUAUCUAUCUAUCUAUCAGCUAACUGAAUGUACAUAUAUGACAUAUAGGGCACGCAGAAAGGUCGCAAUACUGCUGUAUAGGACUUAAGGCAGCGGAACAGCGGAUCCUGAAUGAAAACUAAUUUAUUUUAAAGGUCAUAUAUGGUAGUCAGAUCAUAUUCCCCACCCCCCACGUAUGAUGAUAGCCUGCUGUAUCUAUAGGUCUUAAAGGGCUGGCAGAUCGAUCCCCUCCCCUCCAAUCCCAUCCCACUUAUUCCACCCUCCUGCAUGAAAGCUAACUGAAUGUAAAAGUCAAUUUGGGGACUGUGCCAGUUGAUUUGUUUUUAAUUUUUUUUGUAUUAUUAUUUUGUUUUCCCGGGAAUAUCAGACUGGCAUUUUAGGCUAGAACUUUGUCGGCUUUUGGUUUUCAUUGUUGGGCAUUAAUCGAACACGGAUAAGAAGAACGUGGUUUUAACAAACCUCAUAACAAAUAAAUUAACAAAAAUUUGUG